GCUUAACUAGCGGGCUUCAGUCAGAAGCGAACUUUAGCAGAGAAUACUUAGAAUCGAUCGAAUCGGUGCUGUUCGAGACGCAGAGACAUGACAUCGAUCCUACUGUCAACCCUUUCUAACAUCUACACGGGGAUGUUCAACUACGUGAAAUCGCGAUUUCCCUUUGUGAUUGAGGCUGCAAUGGUGACCCUCUGCUUUGCCUCCAUAGUGGGCAGAUACUGCAUACUGAUAUAGAGAACUGAACAACAAAUCAUACCAUGCCACGAUGCCCAUACAAUACAUACAUAUAUGUAAAUCGAACGAAUAUAUAUAUAUAUUUAGAUGUGUGUUGUUGUGGAAUUAUAUGAAUACAAACUAAA